GUUGUGAUUCAGUGACAGAAGAGAAUAGAAUGCGUGUAGGAGGAACUAAUCGAAUUCUGAGCUUACUCACUUUCUCUCUCACCAAACCUUCUUCUUCUUCUUCUUCUUCCUCCAUCACUUUCCGAUCAUUCUCCGCCAUGGCCGCCGAAGAUGAUUUCGUCAAGGGCACUGUUCAUUCCAACGGCGUCGCUGUCAUCACGCUCGAUCGCCCCAAAGCUCUCAACGCCAUGAACCUAGAUAUGGAUGUAAAGUAUAAAAGUUAUCUUGAUCAAUGGGAAUUGGACCCGAGGGUCAAAUGUGUGCUGGUUGACAGCAGCUCGCCUCGCGCCUUUUGUGCUGGUAUGGAUAUUAAAGGGGUUGUUGCUGAAAUACAAAAGGACAAAAGCGGUGAUGUGAAGCAGAUAAUAACCAAGAACCACCUGUCAGAUAUGAUUGAGGUCUUCACGGCUGAGUAUUCUUUGAUAUGCAAAAUUGCUGAGUACAAGAAGCCAUAUAUAAGCUUCAUGGAUGGAAUUACAAUGGGUUUUGGAAUUGGCUUAUCUGGUCAUGGCCGCUAUCGUAUCAUAACAGAGAGAACUGUUCUUGCAAUGCCCGAAAAUGGAAUUGGCUUGUUCCCAGAUGUAGGUUUUGCUUAUAUCGCGGCUCAAAGUCCAGGAGAAGGAUCUGUUGGUGCUUAUCUUGGAUUGACUGGAAAGAGGAUUUCUACUCCUUCAGAUGCAAUAUAUGUUGGCCUUGGAACACAUUAUGUGACAUCUGGAAAGUUAGGUUUAUUCAAGGAGGCUCUUUUGGCAACUAACUUUUCCCAGGACCCCCAUCAGGACAUCAAAGUACUCUUAGCAAGAUAUGAGUCCAACCCAGAGUCUGAGGCACAAUUGAAAUUGCUUUUACCCGAGAUAAUUUCUUCAUUUGGAGGAAAUAAAUCUGUUACUAAGACUGUUGAUGAGCUUAAAAAACACCAGUCAAGUGCUGACUCUAACGUUGUGGAGUGGGCUAAUGAAGCUCUCCAAGGCCUUGGAAAAGGUGCUCCUUUUUCCCUUUUCUUGACCAAUAAGCACUUCUCUGCAGUUGCCUCCGCAGUAGCGAAAAAUGACGUUGAAUUAUCCACACUUAAUGCCGUAAUGAAAACUGAGUAUCGGAUUGCCUUGAGGUCUUCACUGCGACAUGAUUUUGCAGAAGGUGUCCGAGCAGUAUUGGUUGACAAGGAUCAGAACCCUAAGUGGAAACCAUCAAGAUUGGAAGAAGUUGAUCCAGGUGAGGUGGAAGAAGUUCUUAAACCACUAGGACCCCAGGUUGGGGAGUUGUCUGUGUAAUUAGAAGGAAAAUGUAGUCUUCUCGUUUCUACAAAUGCAUUGUAGAAUUACAGGGACUGCAUCAAAUAAACAGAUGGUGUUAUCAAUGGGUCCAUGCAAGUGUCAGGGAACUCCAUGACCUUGGAUAGGUCGAUGUUCCAACUAGUAUACCCACAUCUGUAAAAAUGAAGGCUAUGGUUUCGAAAAUUUAUCUUAUUUUUGUAAUUUUUGGAAACUUUGAAAUGUCCAAGACUUUACAUGGAAUAGAUGGGCGAGUGCAUUUAAUGCCUUCAUGAGACCUUAUCUCAUGUAGGUCUAAAAUAAGGUUGUGUUUGUUUUAUCA